AUGGAACGCGGUGCGAGUUUCAAAUCGUACAUUGAAUUCGAAAACUGUUUGAAAGAGUUCAAAAUGAAAAGUUAUUCGGAAUUUUUCAUCGCUGAUUGCAGAACUUUAGAAGCAGCUAAAAAGCGUUAUCCAAAUCGUGUUGCUAAUGCUUGUCCCGACCUAAAAUACUACUUUCUCAAACUCAUGUGUGUCCACGGAGGUACAUUCAAGAAGAAAAAGGAUAACCUUGGACAAAGAAAAACAUCGUCUAUGCGUCAAGGAUGUACAGCAUUUAUUUACGUUAAAUUGAGUGAUGAUGGAACACAGCUUGUCAUCUCUGACAUGUCGAAUGAACACAAUCAUGAGGUAUCCAAGGAAUUAUUCAGUUCUCUUCCCAGUCAGAGAAGUUUAGCGCCUGAUGUCCAGCAGAAAAUUUUAGAACUGUUAGAGAUGGAAGCAAACAAAAAGCUUGUUCUAGAAAAGUUCACUAAGCUGACACAGAAAAAGAUUACCCUGCGAGACUUGUCAAACAUUAAAGUGCGAGGUGCAUCAAAUACUGUUAGAGUUCAAGUUGCGCCUAAUCAGGAUAGACUGUCAACCGAACAAAAAUUUCAAAAAGCAGCAGGUGUCACUAACAAAUUAAAUGUUUUGAUAUCUGAAAGUAGCAAAUAUCAGCCUAAAAUUGAUUUGCUAAGUCAAUUGUAUGGUCUUUGGGCAGAAGGCAAAGAAGUUGAGUUGACUGUGAAAAAUGUAAGCUGUUCCCAAGCAGCUGCUGCGCAAGCUCCUGAUGCCGAAGGAACCCAGUCUCCAGACGCUGAUAAAACACAGUCUCCAGACGCUGAUAAAACACAGUUUCCAGACGCUAAUAAAACACAGUCUCCAGACGCUGAUAAAACACAGUCUCCAGACGCUGAUAAAACACAGUCUCCAGUCGCUGAGGGAACCCAGUCUCUAGCGGCCAACGAAAUCCAGUCUCCAGAUGCUGGGGAAACACUGUCUCCAGCUGCCGAGGAAAAACUGUCUGCAGACACUGAGGAAACCCUGUCUCUAGCCACCGAAGAAACACAGUGUACAGGGUCUGCAAAAUUGGAGGCUCAUUUUGAUGAUACUACUGUUGGAAGAACUGUUACUGUAAGACCAGUUAAGAGGAAAAUAGAAGAAUAUUUAAAAAUCAAGAUGCGAAAGAAACUUGCAAAAAUUUCACAACGAUCUUCUAAUCAAAUGGCAAAAAAAGGUGAAUCAGAUAGGAAAAAAAACCAAUUUGCCUUCCAGGCAUCUCUUAUCAGGCAAGUGUAAGCCUGGUCUUGGAGCACAUAAUAGGGGGUGAAAUUUGUAUUAUACAUUGUUAAGUUAUUUUUUAUUAAU